AUGGAUGAUUCGUCGAGACGAAUGUCUGGUAUUAACAUGCAACUUCUUUUGUACGUGUACAUAAUGAGUCUUUCAAUUUUGGAUGCAACUGAAGAAACAUCAACGAAUUUUAAUAUAACAUUGAAAGCGCCUGAGACAUUGUCUUCGCCCCUUCCGAUGGCAUACAGAACUGUGCAUAUUCAAUAUACAGUACCAAACGAUAAAGAUCGCUGGAAUAUUGUCGCUAUUGAACCAUUUAUUCUACGAUUUAAUCGAACGGUUCGUCAAUUAAAUGUGCAUAUCUGUCAGUUUACAAAUAGUUUUCGACAACAAAAUUCUGUCUGGUACGAUGACCGAACAAGCUGUCGCGGGAGUCCAUCAAUGUUAAUUUACCACUGGGCAGCACCGUCACCUUUAACUAAAUUUCAAACCUUGAACAAUCUCGGAUUUCAAUUAGACAAAUCAAAAUCAAUUGUACUAACUGUAAUCUACGUUCAAGAACAAUAUGUACAUAAAGAGCAACCCAGAGUUGUCUUCUAUAUCUCUAGUCUCAUACCCCGAUAUCAUCUAGGUUCAUUGGAAAUUGAGGGUAAACAUAGAAUAACACGUCUUUCAUGUCGUGUGUCGGAUUAUCCACGUUUAUUAUAUUCCGUAAAACCAUUAUUUUCAAUAAUUAAACAUGAUUGGUGGCAUCUUUACGUUAUACGUAAUCGUAGUUUCGGUCGAAAAAUUAUUCAGCCUGUGCUUGAUUCGACAACUUUCUUCGAACUGAAUAACAGCGAUGUUGAAGUUCUUUCUUCGGACAUAUUCUUAGUUUCUGGAGAUUAUAUUCUUGGAGAAUGUGAUGAUAAACAUGAAUUCACUUGUAAUUUUUUAGUUUUCUAUGCAUACAAAAAUACUUUGUCGAAAUCAUCGACUGAACAUGUUCAUUAUUGUCAACAGAAUAAUUAUCCUGACUUAUUUAAACUCAUACCAAAGAGAGAUGAAGUAUCAACCACUGCACGUCCAUCGAUAUUGUCCAAUGUAGAUUCAAGCACAAUGUUUUUAUUGAUUUGUCUAUUAAUAAUUGUCAUUUGGAUAUCGAUAAUUGUAGGGUGUAUAAUAAUGCGUCGCAUACGUGGUCUAGUGAAUUUUCGAACGGAACCAUCGUCACCAAUCGGAGCCCGAGAAACGAGACCGAUUUUCGGUCAAAGAGGCAAUGAGCAAAGACUAGUAGCUGAGGGAGAUCACAUCGCUCAGUUAGAUGUUGAACAUAUGGGUUUAAUGAGUUGA